UUUCUAGUCAUACAGUGUGUCGCUCAAUCACAAGCGCGGACGUCGGUCGCGCUGUUGCCCGCAUACAUACACGAAACUAAUCAAUUUGUUCGCGUUUCUGGACGCACCUUUUUAUUUUGAACGCGUUCGAUUUUCAAAAGAAGAGCGCGAAACAAGAAUGUGACAGCUACCGGCCAGUGCCAAAAUCAUAAACAAACAGUGAAAGUGCGCGGAAAAAGUCAAAAUGCAGCGAUUUUCUUUUGUUUGUGUUGCUACUGUUUUGUUUUUCGGAAAAGUAACGCAUAGCUGUUUCACAUACGACCAACACCAAAGCAUAAUUAUCAAGACGGGAAGUUCGUUCUACCAGGAGUGCCACUGCAUCGAACCCGGGGCUUCGGUGAACAACUUGAAAUGGAUAGACCCUAGUGGACAUGAAAUUCAGGAGAUGGGACUAGAUACGAAACUGAACGUUUAUACGGAGAAACAGGCGCGGAGCAUAAGCCUCCACAUUCCUCAGCUGAGCAAGACGAUAUCAGGCCCCUACCAAUGUGUCACCACACACCAAGGAAAGAAGUACUCCAGCACUUUUGUCAUUGAAGCUUAUGAUCCAGCAUAUUUUGUGAACACGACCAGAAAGCAAUACAUAAUAGCGGGACAAGACUCUAUGGUACACUGUCACGCUAGAGGCGAGACAGAACCACUCAUAACGUGGUACAAAGAGGGAGAAGAAGAUGAAUCUGUACAGAUAGUUAAUAAUGAUAAAUAUGAGGUUCAAGACAGAGGUUUAAAAAUUAAACGCGUAACAGACAACGACAACGGAACAUACAAAUGCACUGCAUCAGUGCUAGACACAGGCGAAGAAGUAGAUAGACUUAUAAAUGUUGAGGUGAUACUGUCGCCCAUCAUAGAGGAAAUAAGGGUAUCACCAAACACUUCUGUUGUAGUGGGAACCACUGUUACAAUCGAAUGCAUAGCUGAUGGUUUUCCGCAUCCUGAGUACAUAUGGACCAAGACUUCAGAGAAGGUCCCGUCUGAAAAUAUAACAUGGGAUCAAGAUAUAAAUGCUAUUACAUUUGAAAGUAUAGAACCCAGCGACCAAGGGAAGUAUGAAUGCAAGGCAUCUAACAUAGCUGGAGAAUCCAAGAAAGAAGUCUCUAUUGAGGUCCUUCUACCUCCAACUAUUCUAGAGUUUUCUAAUGUCACCGCUCUGGAAGGUUCUACGGUUCAAGUAGUGUGUCGGGUAUCUGGGCGUCCUGUGCCUGAUGUUAAACUAAUACCAAACUCCCCUGAAAUAUUAACAGAUACAGACAUUAUAUUUGAUCAUAAAAUUAUUAGUGAAACUGAAAAUAUUAUUGUCGUGACAUUUACUCUUGCUAAACGAAGCUAUGAAGGCGUUUAUUAUUGCAACGCCUCAAAUGAAGUUGAUUCAGCAGAAGAAGAAAUGUACGUCGAUAUUUUAUACAAACCUCACUUCGAAAUAUUACAAGAAUCUAUUUGGGGAUGGAUAGGCAAAAGUGUGAAUCUAAGUUGCGAAUAUGACAGCGAUCCUCCAGGUACAAUAGAAUGGAGAUUUCAAGGAAAUGAUGUCGAGACCGACGAGCAAGUAGCAAUAAACAAAUUAUUGAAUCCUGAUCCAACUCCGGAGCUUUUUGUUCCAUUCACCAUUGACAGAAAGUCAUUAUUUGGAAUUUACGAAUGCAUAGCAAAAAAUGAACAUGGAAAAUCUAAAAAAAGCAUAACGAUCAAAGAAGCUUUUGCUCCUCCCGUUAUAGAUAAUGUAAAACUAAAAGAAAUCACUGCAUCAUCAGUCACAUUUGACAUAAGAGGUCCAAACAUCACUGAAGGGCCUGGUGUAGUUGGGUACACGACGGAAUAUGAUGAAGAGGAAAACUAUAAAAUCACCAGCAUACACAGAAACAGGACAUGGUCAGUGGAGCGACCGUACAGAGUUGAGAAAUUGAAGCCACGAACGAAGUAUUUCUUCAAGUUUGCUGCUAUCAAUGCAGUUGGAGUUGGCGCUUGGAGUGAGUCAGUCACUGUUGUUACGUUAGAAAGGACAGUCCCAGAUCCACCAAUUUGGGAAGAAGAAGUGAAGUCGAUAGAAUUAAAAGCAGAAGCAAUUGGAAACGUUUUAAAAUGGAAAGUUCCCGAUAGCGAUGAUCCAAUAGACACCUACUAUCUGAAAUACUGUCCGGUUCAAAAUGAAAAUGUUAAUAUACUCGUAGACCUAUGCAAGGAGCAAACAAUAGCACCAUCUAGUAAAAUCAAUUUAGAUUAUCUAGAGCAAAAUACGACGUAUUACAUAGAACUUAUAGCUCAUAAUGCUCAUGGUAAUUCGUCAGCAGCUGAUCUGUACAUGACAACAGCUGCGAGAGAAGAAUCCACAUCGCCGUUAACAGCAGAAGGCAUGAUAGGUCUAUCAGUAGUGGUGGUGGUACUGUGUAUCCUGGCCCUAGACCUAGUGCUGCUCUGCUGGAGGAGACAGGGGCUGAUCGCCAGCUGUUAUUAUAGAAAAAAGAAGAAUAGAAACGAUGACAAUUUGAUGUCCCGUGACAAAAAAGGCCUACUCCGAGAUAGUGGCAUUGCUACGACAGCGGACGACACCUUGAAGAAAAGCCACCAGGAGUUUGAAUACAACAAGACUACCGGCGUUAUUACUGGCAAACAUUCCUCAGUUUAGAAUAGAUUUUAUUAAUAAGAUUACAGUUUUUGUAAGAUGGUCGAAUGAGUCGACUACUGGGUUCAUUUUCAAGAGCGAUAUUUCUAAUGUAUAAGUAGCUAAAAAGUGUUGCAAAAGUGGUAGGUAUUAAAUUAUACAAAGCACUUUGUUCAACGAAUCUUAGAAAUUAUUGAAAAAAAUACUGCUUUACAUGGUUAAUAGUCACAUGACCAUCAAAGUUUCUAUGGACUAGCAGAUAUUUUUUCCAAAUUUUUGCAGCAUUUCCUAUUGCAAAAUAAAUAAAUUCCCAGACAACUGUCACCUAACAUAAUAAUAAUAUUAUAGUCAAACAUUUUAUGGGUCUUAUCAAAUCAUGGUUGGCGUUACGCUAACGCCAAUGGCGUAUGUAAUCUGUAAUUAAAGUAGUGCAACGAAAUUAAACUCUCAGUAAGCAGCGCUGGUUAAGUAUUAUUUUAUUAUGAUUCUGAUAAUUAGUCAAUCCUAUCGUGUGCCUUUUGAACAAAAUAUUUUAAAUAAGAUUAACUUUAAGUUAAAGAUAUUAAUUUAUAAUGUACAUUAAAAACUAUACUUAGCUGUUUACAUAAAUGUUGAGUGUUUUAGAGUAUACCUCUAGUUAUUUAGAUUUUAGUCAUUUUAUACACACAUACAUAGCUUAUUAUUAGUUAAUAUUUCGUAAUAAAAAAAAUAUUUUUAUUCA